CGCCCCUCUGCCCCGCGCCCUCCGCCCGGCCCGGCCCGGCCCGCCCGGGCCCUGCGCUCCGCCACCGCCGCGCCAUGCCACGCCGGGGACACGGGCGGCCGCCGCGGGUAGCGAUGCGCGCGGGUAGGUAGGACGGACGGACGGACAGACAGAGCCGGGCGCGACGGUGCCGCCGAGACGUCGAGGGAGAGAGAACGAGAAGAGAGAGAGAGAGAGAGAAGGAGAGCGAGCGGCGGAGCGAGGAGCGGCGGAGCGUGUCCCCGUCCCCGCGUGUCCCCGUCCCCGCGUCAGGACGCGCAGGGCGAUGUCGCCGCGGCAGCAGCCACAGCCCGUGUGACCGCCACCGCCUCUCCAUGCCCCGGCUCGUUAUUUAUUAUUAUUAUUAUUGUUGUUGUUGUUAUAUUUUUUCCUCCUUUGAUUUCUCAUUGGGAAAAGCACUUUGACUCCUGACUGCUCUACCUCAGACCUUAGAAAAACUCAUCACGCUCGCUUUUUGGCGGUUUUAUUUUUAAUUUUUUUAAUUUUUAUUUUUUUCUGAGCGCCGAUCUUUAUAGCCGUAAUUGUUUUAUUGUUACUAUUAUUAUUACUAUUAUUAUUAUUAUUAUUAUCCGUGUGGUUGGUAGCGGCCGGGAUCCUGCGGCUGUGUCGAAGCGCUGGGCAGUGGGGGGUUCUCCUGUGUACCCCUUCUAGGACACUCGAACGAAGAUUUUUCUUCUUCCUCCCUUUCUUUUUAUCCUUCUUCACUUCUCCAAGGCUUUUAAAAGAUACGUACACAAAAAACAAGAAAAAAAAAACAAAAAGAAAGAAAAAAAAACAAAACAAAAACCAAACCUUCGCCGGUGUUGUCGUCUUUCUAAAAAAAAGAAUUGUUUUUAUUUAUUUUUUUCCUUGAUACCUGGGAAACCGCUGCCCCCCUCAGAACUAACCAAAGACAAUGGUUCACUGUGCAGGCUGCAAAAGGCCGAUCUUGGACCGGUUUUUGUUGAAUGUACUGGACAGGGCUUGGCAUGUGAAGUGUGUUCAGUGCUGUGAAUGUAAAUGCAAUUUGACAGAGAAAUGCUUUUCGCGAGAAGGCAAGCUUUACUGCAAAAACGACUUCUUUCGGUGUUUCGGGACCAAGUGCGCGGGCUGUGCCCAGGGCAUCUCCCCCAGCGACCUGGUCCGCAGGGCGCGGAGCAAAGUGUUCCACUUGAACUGUUUUACGUGUAUGAUGUGUAACAAGCAACUCUCCACCGGCGAGGAGCUCUACAUCAUAGACGAGAACAAGUUUGUCUGCAAAGAAGAUUACCUAAAUAACAGCAAUACUGCCAAAGAAAACAGCCUGCAUUCAGCCACCACCGGCAGUGACCCCAGCCUGUCCCCCGACUCUCAAGACCCCUCCCAGGACGACGCCAAGGACUCGGAAAGCGCCAACGUGUCCGACAAGGAGACGGGGAGCAACGAAAACGACGACCAGAACCUGGGGGCCAAGCGGCGGGGACCGCGCACCACCAUCAAAGCCAAACAGCUAGAGACUCUGAAAGCCGCCUUCGCGGCCACCCCAAAACCCACGCGGCACAUCAGGGAGCAGCUGGCGCAGGAGACCGGCCUCAACAUGCGGGUCAUCCAGGUGUGGUUCCAGAACCGGCGCUCCAAGGAGCGGCGGAUGAAGCAGCUGAGCGCGCUGGGCGCCCGGCGACACGCGUUCUUCCGCAGCCCGCGCAGGAUGCGGCCGCUCGUGGACCGGCUGGAGCCCGGCGAGCUCAUCCCCAACGGGCCCUUCUCCUUCUACGGAGAUUAUCAGAGCGAGUAUUACGGCCCUGGAAGCAAUUACGAUUUCUUCCCGCAAGGACCGCCCUCGUCCCAAGCGCAGACCCCCGUGGAUCUCCCGUUCGUGCCCUCCUCGGGGCCGUCAGGGACCCCGCUGGGGGCCAUGGACCACCCCCUGCCCGGACACCACCCCUCGAGUGAGGCUCAGCGCUUCACCGACAUCAUGUCGCACCCCCCGGGGGACUCGCCCAGCCCCGAACCCAACCUGCCCGGCUCCUUGCACUCCAUGUCCGCGGAAGUUUUUGGCCCCAGCCCCCCAUUUUCGUCGAUAUCCGUCAACGGUGGUGCUAACUACGGCAAUCACUUGUCCCACCCUCCAGAGAUGAACGAAGCGGCUGUGUGGUAGCUUUAAACGAACUGGGUCUAAGUAAGUGAUGAUCAUCUAGUCUGCUUAUUGUUAUGGUGUACAGAAAUGAAUUCAUAUAACAUCUCUCCCGCCCUAGGACAAUUUUACCUUGGGAACGAACUGAAUCCAAUCGCUCCAAGGCAAGCUUUGCUCUAGACCAGGACAAUCUCCAUGUUAUGGUUGUAUCAAACAAGCAAGGGGACUUUUUUGUACCAUUGACAAAGAAACUGGGGAAGCUGUACAGUAACAGUGCUGCCAUUCCGUAGGAUGGCUAAGUUUGAUUACCCUGUUGGAUGUCAUCCUAAGAGCCACAAUCCUUAGAAACUUCUCGUUUAAAAAAAAAAAUUAAAAAUAAUUGAAUGAAGGAGAGGUCAAAGAAAAGGGGAAAAAAGCUUCAAGAACUCUCUAUAGCGUUCCUGGUUAAGGAUGGUUCUGGCAUUAUGAAUCUGUUUGUUCAUUUUUGUCUCUCAGAAAGUUCGACAACAAGAAACUCUUUUUAGCUUCAGCCAUUUCAGCCUGCUGACGAUCAGGUGGGACAACUUUUCCUUUUUCCUUUCUUUUUUUUCUUUUCUGUUUUGUUUCGGUAGUUUUGGUUUGGUUUUGGUUGUUUUUUUUUUUUUUUUUCCAAAAAUAGCAAAUACUAAAUGUUAAGCCCUCAGCACCAACUCUUCUACCUUCACAAAGCUACACGUACAAAACCUCCUCAUCAUAGCAAAGGUCACCACCCAGACCUCUAACGAAAAUGACUUGAAAAAACAAACAAACAAAAAGUAUUCUACCUUCACAGAGAGAGAAAAGCUAAACAAAAAGACUCUAUUGAACUAAAAACAGUCAACUGUUUACGUCUAAUGUUAAAUUCAGGAGCUCAAUGUUUUACUAACAAAUCCUGUUUUAGAAAAACCUCUUGUUCAAAAGCAAAAGAUUUUGAGCAGCCAACCAAAAUAGUUCAUUUUCUUUUCUGUAGAUGUUCUAACAGAUUGCAGGGCUUGUGGUUCACUGUGCUAGUUUGUAAAAGGUGUUGUUUACAGAAGGCAAAGAAAAAAAAACCCACAAAACCCAGACAGUUGCCAAAUAAAGUAAAUAUAUAGCACAAAUACUGUAAGGUGCUUUGCACCAGCAACCCGAGAAGGUGUUUAAAAGUGUUACAAGGUUAAAAAGAAAAAAAAAAAUAGACAAACAUCUUUGCUAAUUUUUAGUCCUGUUGAACAUUCAUGGAAUUGUUAAUAUGACUUAUAUAGACCCACACAGGUUUUAUUUUUGUGUCUUUAAAAUAAAAGUCCAAAAUAUUUAAAUUUUAUGGUCAAAUAUGCAGUCAACAGCUGCUACUUUUUUCUUUAUAUAUUAAAUUUCUCAUAUGUCUUUUAUUGUUCUAAUGAACCUAAGCUUGUGUGACCUCCAGUGCAUAUUAGACCAUUCACUGUAUGAAAGAAAACAUGUUGGAUAAAAUUUGUGCGUUUUUAAUAAAAUUAGAAAAUCUGA